GUAAGUUGUUUUUUUUUCAAUCAUUUUAUGUUGAUUGUUUGAUUGUCCGCGACUUGAUUGACAAAAGUGAUUGACACCAUGGUUCCUAAGGUUGACAUAAUCUCCGAUGGAUCGAUCUUCAAUAUUACUCUUGCUGAGCUUAAAAACCUCAUGCAAACUCGAGGGCAUGAAGCUUUUGACCGAUUGAACGGGAAAUUUGGCGGAAUUCAAGGUCUAUGUCGCGCUCUUGGAACAGCACCAAAUGAAGGAUUAUCCGGAUCUCCGUCUGAUAUUGAAAAUAGAAAAAAAAUAUUCGGUGUCAAUGAGAUUCCCAAGAAACCACCGAAAACAUUCAUAAAAUUAGUCUUAAUUGCUGGAAAGGAACCAACUUUAUUAAUCUUAUUAGUGGCAGCGAUAAUCUCAUUAGGUCUUACAGUUUAUACUCCUCAAGACCAAUCUCAAGGAACUCAUUCUGAUGAAGGAACAGCAAAUUGGAUUGAAGGAACCGCCAUUUUAAUCACUGUAGUUAUUGUUGUUUUAAUUACUGCUUUUAAUGAUUAUUCUAAAGAGAAACAAUUUAGAGGUCUACGUGAACGUAUUGAUCAGGAAAGUAAAAUAUCGGUUCUUAGAGCUGGUGAAGUAAAUCAAACUUUGAUCAAUCAAAUUGUUGUUGGUGAUGUGAUACAAUUAAAAUAUGGUGAUCUUAUCCCUGCUGAUGGUAUUGUUAUACAAAGUAAUGAUCUGAAAAUCGACGAGAGUUCAAUCACUGGGGAAUCUGAUCAUGUAAUUAAAAGUCCAGAGACCGACCCGUUCUUAUUAUCGGGUACCCAUGUUAUGGAAGGAAGCGGGAAAAUGGUUGUAACCGCGGUGGGAAUCAAUUCCCAAACUGGUAUAAUCAUGAGUCUACUGGGAGCAGCAAAAAAAGACAAAAAAUUAAUAAAAAAACAGAAUGAAGAAUCAAAUGAAGUGCCUGCCGAUCAUGUUAACGAUGAAGAAAAUGAAAUGGCCGAAGAAAAAAGUUCAAAUAAGUCAAUAUUACAAGCGAAAAUCACUCGUUUGGCCAUUCAGAUCACUUACAUCGGCUCUGCCAUGGCUACGGUAACGGUGAUUAUCUUAAUUGUCCGAUAUUGUAUCAGUGAGUUUGCAAUCGGUAACAGGAGUUGGUCAUUUGCAACAGAUUUACAAUAUAUUGUCAAGUUUGUUAUGGUCGGAAUAACGGUCUUAGUUGUUGCUGUCCCAGAAGGUUUACCCUUAGCGGUCACUUUAGCGCUAGCCUAUUCUGUUAAGAAAAUGAUGUUUGUAAAUAAUUUAGUGCGACAUUUGGAUGCCUGUGAGACUAUGGGAAAUGCGACGACAAUUUGUUCAGAUAAAACUGGAACUUUAACAACGAACCGGAUGACGGUGGUCACCGCUUUUAUCUGUGAAAAACUUUGGCACCAAAUACCUCGAAUUGAUGACCUUCCUCAUGAAGUCGGUAAACUAAUAGUCGAAAGUAUAUCAGUCAAUUCAGGUUACACUUCGAAAAUCUUGCCUCCUGAAAAACCUGGAGCAUUAGCACGUCAGGUCGGGAAUAAGACCGAAUGUGGACUACUUGGUUUAGUUCUCAAUCUUGGUGCUGAUUAUCAAGAUAUUCGAAAUCAAAUUCCAGAAGAAUCUUUGUACAAAGUUUACACUUUUAAUUCUAAACGAAAAUCAAUGAGCACAGUAAUUAAAACCGAACGAGGUUUUCGAGUUCAUGUCAAAGGUGCAAGUGAAAUCAUAACAGAAAGAUGUGAUUACAUUUUCGAUAGCUCAGGCUCAAUCAGAACUUUUUCUCAGUCGGAAAAGUCUCGUUUCAUUGUCGAUAUUAUCGAGCCAAUGGCACUUAAUGGCCUGCGAACCAUAACAGUCGCUUACAAAGACUACGUGUAUGGGAAGGCAAAAGGAGACAACGAAAUUGAAAUAACCAAGGAACCAGAUUGGGACAGUGAAGAAACUAUACUUUCAGGCUUAACGAUGAUCUGUAUGACUGGACUCGAAGAUCCUAUUCGAGAUGAAGUUCCAUCUGCAAUCAGAAACUGUAAAAAGGCCGGAAUUGUAGUUCGCAUGGUAACAGGAGAUAAUCCCAACACAGCGCGUUCGAUAGCGACUAAAUGUGGCAUAAUAACACCGAAUGAGAAUUUCCUUGUUCUCGAUGGUAAAAAAUUUAACUCUCUUAUUCGUGAUUCGAGCGGUAAAGUUGACCAAAAGCUAUUUGAUACUGUUUGGCCUAAUUUACGAGUUCUCGCAAGAUCAAGUCCGUCGGAUAAAUACAUUUUGGUUAAACAUAUGAUUGAAUCAAAAUUACACAAUACUACUCGUCAAAUAGUUGCGGUCACUGGUGAUGGUACAAAUGAUGGACCCGCGUUGAAAAAAGCGGAUGUCGGUUUUGCUAUGGGAAUAUCGGGAACUGAUGUAGCUAAAGAAGCCUCUGAUAUUAUUUUGACUGACGAUAAUUUCACCUCAAUUGUUGCCGCUGUUUCCUGGGGCCGAAAUGUUUACGAUAACAUUUCAAAGUUUAUACAAUUCCAAUUGACCAUUAAUAUAAUCGCCUGUUUAGUUGCGUUCAUUGGCGCUUGUGCUGUUGAAGAUUCUCCUCUUCAAGCCGUUCAAAUGCUCUGGAUCAAUCUGGCAAUGGACACUUUCGCAGGUCUUGCACUGGCUACUGAACAACCAACACCAGAACUGCUACUUCGAAAACCCUAUGGUCGUAAUAAACCAAUCAUAUCCCGACGAAUGGCUCGAAACAUUCUAGGACAAGCUCUUUAUCAAACUUUCAUAAUUUUGUCUCUGUUAUUUUAUGGUCCAACUUUUUUCGAUAUCGACUCGGGGAUGCGUUUGCCAUUGAACUCACCACCAACUCAGCAUUAUACUAUUAUUUUUAACGUAUUGGUUUUAAUGUCCCUCAGCAACGAGAUUAAUGCUCGAAAAAUUAAUGACGAAAGAAACGUUUUUGAAUCUAUUUUAUCAAACAAAAUUUACAUAUCAGUUAUAAUCGGAACUUUCAUUACUCAGAUCUUGAUCAUCAACUUUGGUGGUAUCGCAUUUAAAGUGGUACCUUUAACGCUUGACCAAUGGAUUUGGUCAAUAUUUUUUGGACUAUCAGCCUUAAUUUGGCAUCAAAUUUUAAUAACGAUCCCGAAAAACACACUCUCGAAAAAGUUUACUGUUGGUUCAACGCCUCCUCAAAUAGACCUGCUUAAGUAUCAAUCAGAUUAUUCCAAAGGUAAUGGUCCAUCAGGAAAAAUCCUUUGGAUUAGAGGAUAUUCAAGAAUCAGAACUCAGAUUCGAGUUGUUCAAGCUUUUCGUGAAACUGUUGGUUCGAGGACAUGAUGCAUUUUAUAUGGACAAAAAAUCCUACCUUUACACUCUUAAUUUAGUCUCAUUUUAAUUAAAAAAUGAACUAAUAUAAACCAGAAAAAUGGAUUAAUCAACCAUUAUUUGCA